AUGGAAACUCCACAGUCUCUAGCCAUUGAGAGUUUCUCCUAUAGUUGGUUAUCUCAAGAUGUGCUCCCAAGAAUAUCUGCCGACAUUCAAGAAUUCAGCUACGUGACGGACCAGAACUUCAAAUUUGAUGGAAUUGCUCCAACAACACCUGCAGUUUUCAUCCAUGCUGAUGAGCUUUUCACCAAUGGCUUCAUCAGACCUGUUUAUGUCGAUCCUUCGAAGAGGGAGUCGUGCGAUUCCUUGGAUUCGAUUCAAACCAUGCCUCCUAGUUCACCCUUCUCUUCGACAACCGAAAUUUGGGAUUGUUGCGGCUUUCUUAGACGGUGCGGGAAAUCGACUCGGAGAAUGUUGAGAAAUCUUUAUGGAAAUCUCAGACCUUUGGUCGUGUUCUUGAGAAAAAAUAGCAGGGUCGAUGAUGCUGACAGGAGAACUCGGAAAGUUGAGAGCUCACCACGAGCAUCUCCGCAACGGAGGACAAUGGCUAGUUCAGUGGGUGACUCGACGAGUCAUCUUGAGAACUCAAUUUAUGAAGCUGUUCUCCAUUGCAAAAGAUCUAUAGGAAUUGCAGACAUGAAACAUGAAUAUGGUGGCAGCUGAUCACACGCCUCAAUUUUCUCAUCUGCUUCAUUUCUCUGUCUU